AUGUAUGCUUCCCCGGUCUCGUUCCAGCGUGAAACUCUUUGGGGUCACCUGGCUUAUCUUAGAUCACAGUUUGUUAUUCCCUGGAUGAUGGUUGGCGAUUUCAAUGAGCCUAGUGGACCUUGGGGUGGGGGGAGGUUUACUUGGUUUCGUAAACAUAAUAACAGAAUUGUUCUCUCUAAGAGGCUUGAAAGAGCGUUAGGGGAUGUGGAUUUACGCGUGUCCUUCUUGGAGGCGUUUGUGGAGAUUCUUCACAGAGUUCGGUCGGACCACUUCCUUCUCCCCGUCCACUAUUGGGGCAAGCAACCUCAAUUCUCUGGUCGUCCUUUCAGAUUCCUGACAACAUGGGAAGACCACGCAGAGUAUCAGGCCCUGUUGGAGAAUGCAUGGAGGGAAAGUGGUAAGGAGAUAAAUAGAAUACUGGGCCAAGUCAAAACAGAGUCUAUAACCUUUAAUGAGGAUGUCUUUGUCGCGCACAAUGGGAAUGGGACACCAGAGUUGGGUUUGGAAGUUGAGGGUGUCGGAGAAGGUGGGGAUGUUUGUUUGGUGCUGCAAAAUGGGAUCCAAAAUAAUGAACAAAGGUUCAGGUAUAGGCUCGCUGCUCAUUGCAAGUGGAGAAUUCGCUCCACAAUUUGA